UGCUAAUACUAAUGUCUAGUCCAUGCGGUCCACUGAGAAGUUCAGCAAUUGUCAGCCUGACAUCUAGCCCACUGUUUACAAUGGAUGCACUCAGUGGCGCUGAAACACAGGAAGCUGAACAAGCUUUUACUGUUCUCCUCAAUGUAAGCCAUGGGACAGCUGAAAGUGAUACAGUCACAGAUGGCGGGGCUCAAGAAAGUUUCCAGGUUGCUGUAACAUCUACACUAACCCCUGUUUCACACAAUGUAGCAGAUGGAGUGGAAAAUAAUAUUAAAGCACAGGAGCUAAUUACAACAAAUACUGAUCCCAAGCAGCUAAUUAGUUUUGAUGUAUUCAACAUUACUAACAGUGAGAAUGUUCUUUCUACGCAAGAUAGUACUUCCAAAGAGAUAGGGAACAAUGCAACCGUAAUCCCAUUACUAGUGACUAACAAAGCCCCUCCGUAUGAUGACCAGCUAGAUUCUUUCUUGGAAAUACCAGUGGAAAACAAUACAACAGGGAAACAGUGCUUCUGUAAUAUUCCAGGACCCAAAGGACAAAAAGGAGACAAAGGUGAAAGAGGGGAUCCAGGUGAACCUGGAAUAGUUGGUGAAAAAGGACCUCAAGGCCUAGAAGGACCUAAGGGUAAUCAUGGGCAGAAGGGUUCCAAAGGAGAUCAAGGUCACAAGGGAUGGAAAGGUGAUGCAGGAGACAUAGGUGCUGUUGGUCCAAAAGGUGAACCGGGGGACAUUUGUCCAUUUUGUGGAAAGGGUGAUAAGGGAAACAAAGGCAUGGAUGGUGUAAAUGGAUUAAAAGGUCAUAAGGGUGAACUUGGAGAAAAGGGUAUAAAGGGAGAUGAGGGACCUAAGGGGAACAAUGGAGAAAAGGGAACCAAGGGUGCAGAAGGCCCAAAAGGGGAGCCUGGAGAAGUUGGGCAAAAAGGAUCAGUGGGACAACAAGGUCCUGUUGGACCCAAAGGUGACCGUGGAAGUCCUGGAUCUUUGGGGCCCCAAGGAUACCAAGGACAAACAGGAAUGCCAGGAAUAAAGGGUGAAAAGGGACAAAAAGGAGUAUGUGCUGGACAUGAAAACAUAGCAUUUUCAGUGGGCCUUGGACAGCAAAGGAAUGCUUUAUUACCUGGAUACCCAAUAAAGUUUGAGAAGGUUUUUGUCAAUGAAAAUAAACCAUACAAUAUCAAUUCAGGUAUAUUCAUUGCCAGUAUUGAUGGUGUCUAUUUUUUCACAUACCACUUAAGUUUAAGACAUAAAUCUGUUAGCGUUGGCCUGUUUCGCAAUGGCAAUAUAGUUCAACAGACACAAACAAGGAAUUAUGAACCUAACAUUGGCCAAGCAUCAGGAUCUCUGCUAAUUCAUCUUAAAGAAGAUGAUGAAAUUUGGCUUCAGGUUUUAAAUAAACAAAAUGGCUUGUUUCCUGAUGAAACAACUGACUCAAUAUUUUUAGGUUUCUUAUUAUUUCACUUUGAAGACUAGAACAUUUCUAGUAUCCUUCUAAUGUUAAACAUAUGUUUACUUAUUGCUUUUGAGACAUGGUAAAACUCAAAUGAUAACAUUAUGGCAAAUAUAAAAUUAAGAGGACACAAUCUAAAAAACUGUAAUUUACAGGAUUUUCUUCUGGAUUAUUGUCAAAAUAAAUGUCUUGCAAACAAUCUUCUGUAACAGCUCAUUAGUAUAUGAAUAUGCAUUAUGGAUAUACGGCAUAAUUCUAUGCAAAUAAAUGCAUAGACUCAUAAAUGAAAUGAUCAUGCAUGAUUAGGUGUAAUUAUCAAAUUGUGUAUAGCCUUUUUAAUGUCUGCAUCACUUACAUAUGUAUUUCUCUUUACUCAAUGAGAACCAAAAUGUUCUUGCAUGUGGACCACACUUUGAGCUCAACUGAUGUAAGCAACAAGAAGAGUCAGCAGAAUAAGGGCAAGUGAUUUUGCUUUUAAAUUGUAUAAAAUACAGAUUUUGUUUCACUUUAGAGUCUUUGAUAAGUGGGAGAUUUAUGAAUACUGUCCUGAAUUAUCAACCAUAAAAUA